AUGCGAUCAUCACUAGUUUCUUUCUUUCCAUUCCACCGAGUCCUUUUAUUUAUUUAUUUUUUUCUUUCUUUCUUUCUUUUUCAUCUUCUCUCAAACCCCAUUCUCUCUUUCUUUCUUUCUUUCUUUUUUCUUUGCGAUCCAACCAUAUAUUCCUUCAAAUUGUCUUUCAUCAUUUUUCUUUCUUCCUUUUUUCUUUCUUUCUUAUUUCUUUUUCAUCUUCUCUCAAACGCCUUUCUUUCUUUCUUUUUCUUUCUUUCUUUCUUUCUUUCUUUCUUUCUUUCUUUCUUUCUUUCUUUAUUUCUUUCUUCUUUCUUUCUUUCUUUCUUUCUUUCAGAUCCAACCAUAUAUUCCUUCAAAUUGUGUUUCAUUAGUUGCCUCUCAUUUUUCUUUCUUCCUUUCUUCCUUUCUUUCUUUCUUUCUUUUUUCUUUCUUUGCGAUCUAACCAUAUAUUCCUUCAAAUUGUGUUUCAUUACUUGCCUGUCAUAUUUCUUUAUUUCUUUCUUUUUCAUCUUCCCACAAACACCUUUCUUUCUUUCUUUCUUUCUUUCUUUCUUUCUUUCUUUCUUUCUUUCUUUCCUUCUUUCUUUCUUUCCAUCUUUCUUUCUUUCUUUCUUUCUUUGCGAUCCAAGCAUAUAUUCCUUCAAAUUGUGUUUCAUUAGUUGCCUCUCAUAUUUCUUUUUCUUUGUUUCUUUGUUUGUUUCUUUGUUUCUUUCUUUCUUUCUUUCUUUCCUUUUCAUCUUCUCUCAAACCCCUUUCUUUCUUUCUUUCUUUCUUUCUUUAUUUCUUUGCGAUCUAAACAUAUAUUCUUUCAUAUUGCCUUUCAUUAGUUGCCUCUCAUUUUUCUUUAUUUCUUUCUUACUUUCCUUUUUUCUUUCUUUCUUUUUCAUCUUCUCUCAAACACCUUUCUUUUUUCCUUCUUUCUUUCUUUCUUUGCAAUCCAACCAUUUAUUCCUUCAAAUUACCUUUCAUCAGUUGCCUCUCAUUUUUCUUUUCUUUCUUUCUUUCUUUCUUUCUUUCUUUCUUUCUUUCUUUCUUUCUUUCUUUGUGAUCAACCAUAUAUUCCAUCAAAUUGUCUUUCAUCAGUUGUCUCUCUUUUUUCUUUUUUUCAUUUUUUCUUUCUUUCUUUCUUUCUUUUUUCGUUCUUUCUCAUCUUCCCUCAAACCACUUUCUUUCUUUCUUUCUUUUUCAUUUUCCAUCAAACCCCUUUCUUUCUUUUUUCUUUCUUUCUUUCUUUCUUUCUUUCUUUCUUUCCGAUCCAACCAUAUAUUCCUUAAAUUUUCUUUCAUCAGUUGCCUCUCAUUUUUCUUUUUCUUUCUUUCUUUCUUUUUCAUCUUCUCUCAAACCCCUUUCUUGCUUUCUUUCUUUCUUGCUUUCUUUCUUGCUUUCUUUCUUUCUUUCUUUAUUUCUUUCUUUGCGAUCCAACCAUAUAUUCCUUCAAAUUGUCUUUCAUUAGUUGCCUCUCAUUUUUCUUUCUUUCUUUCUUUCUUUCUUUCUUUCUUUCUUUCUUUCUUUCUUUCUUUUUCAUCUUCCCUCAAACACAUUUCUUUCUUUCUUUCUUUCUUUCUUUCUUUCUUUCUUUCUUUCUUUCUUUGCGAUCCAACCAUAUAUUCCUUUAAUUUGUGUUUCCUUAGUUGCCUCUCAUUUUUCUUUUUCUGUCUUUCUUUCUUUCUUUCUUUCUUUCUUUCUUUCUUUCUUUCUUUCUUUCUUUCUUUCUUUUUUCUUGCUUUUUCAUCUUCUCUCAAACCCCUCUCUUUCUUUCUUUCUUUCUUUCUUUCUUUCUUUCAUUCUUUCUUUCUUUUUUCUUUGCGAUAUAUUCCUUCAAAUUCGCCUUUCUUUCUUUCUUUCUUUUUCUUUCUUUCUUUCUUUGCGAUCAAUCCAUAUAUUCCUUCAAAUUGUCUUUCAUUAGUUGCCUCUCAUUUUUCUUUCUUUCUUUCUUUCUUACUUUCUUUCUUUCUUUCUUUUUCAUCUUCUCUCAAACACCUUUCUUUCUUUUCUUUCUUUCUUUCUUUCUUUCUUUCUUUCUUUCUUUCUUUGCGAUCCAACCAUAUAUUCCAUCAAAUUGUCUUUCAUCAGUUGCCUCUCAUUUUUCUUUUUUCUUUCUUUUUUAUUUCUUUCUUUCUUUCUUUUUUCUUUCUUUCUCAUCUUCCCUCAAACCACUUUCUUUCUUUCUUUUUUUUCCCUCAAACCCCUUUCUUUCUUUCUUUCUUUCUUUCUUUCUUUCUUUCUUUCAGAUCCAACCAUAUAUUCCUUCAAAUUGUCUUUCAUCAGUUACCUCUCAUUUUUCUUUUCUUUCUUUCUUUCUUUCUUUCUUUCUUUCUUUCUUUCUUUCUUUCUUUAGAGAAUAUGAAGGAAAUGACAAGAUUUCUUUCUAAAGGUAUUCAUACGACAUGUAAUCUAUCUAUCUAUCUAUCUAUCUAUCUAUCUAUCUAUCUAUCUAUCUAUCUAUCUAUUUAA